AACUUAUUAUAAAAAGCGACCACAAAUCAGCAAGUUUAGUUGUGCCUGUGCUGCGGACGAAAUUGUGGUGAAAUUAGCUCUUAGAGUACCUAAGCCGGUGCGUGAAGUGUGUAGUCUUUCGAACUGAAGUGUUCUAAAUUAAAAAAAUAUAUAUAUUUUAAAUAAUUAAUUGUGAAAACUACAAACAUCAUGGCUAAUCCAAAUGAAGUACCAAAAUAUACACAGCUUUUUAUCAACAAUGAGUUCGUCGACGCCGUCUCUGGAAAAAAAUUUCCAACUAUUAAUCCAGCAACUGGCAAGGUGAUUGCUGAAAUUGCGGAGGGUGAUAAGGCUGACGUCGACUUGGCUGUAGCUGCCGCUAAGAAAGCAUUCCACAGGAACUCGGCAUGGCGCAAACUGAGCCCACUCGAACGUACAGCGCUCAUCGAAAAGCUCUGCAGUCUGAUGGAACGUGACAAAUACAUCCUGGCUAGCCUGGAGACCCAGGACAAUGGCAAGCCAUUCACAUCGGCCAUAGGUGAUGUCAUGUUCGCCAUUAUGUCAUUGAAAUACUAUGCUGGCUGGACCGACAAAUUUUUCGGUGACACCAUACCCGGUGGUGAUUUCGUUGUACAGACACGUAAAGAACCCAUUGGUGUGGCUGGUCAAAUCAUUCCAUGGAACUAUCCCUUGGUUAUGUUGGCAUGGAAGUGGGCACCCGCUCUCGCUGUCGGUUGCACGAUUGUCAUGAAACCCGCCGAACAAACACCACUUACCGCUCUUCAUAUGGCCGCUUUGUCUAAGGAAGCUGGUUUUCCUGCUGGUGUCAUCAAUGUCAUACCCGGCUACGGCCCCACCGCGGGUGCUGCGAUAUCAGAACAUCAUGACAUACAGAAGGUCGCAUUCACUGGUUCCGCAGAAAUUGGACGCAUCAUUAUGCAGGCGGCAGCCAAGUCGAAUUUGAAGCGUGUUACGCUGGAAUUGGGUGGCAAGAGUCCAUUUGUGGUAUUCGACGAUGUUGAUGUUGACAAAGCUGUGCAGUUAACACACGACGCAAUUUUCCCCAAUCAAGGUCAAACUUGUUGCGCCGGCACCCGCACCUAUGUGCAUGAGAAGAUCUACGAUGAAUUUGUUAAAAAAUCUGUGGCUUUGGCGAAGGCUCGUAAAAUUGGUGAUCCUUUUGAGGCGUCAACUAAUCAUGGUCCACAAAUCGAUGAGGAAAUGAUGAACAAAAUUUUGGGUUAUAUUGAAAUUGGCCAAAAACAGGGUGCUAAGCUGCAAUGUGGUGGCAAGCGCGUCGGCAAUGUCGGUUACUUUAUCGAACCAACGGUGUUCUCCGAUGUUACAGACAAAAUGAGAAUCGCACAGGAAGAGAUCUUUGGACCGGUUAUGUCUAUCUUGAAAUUCAGCGACAUUGAAGAGAUCAUCGAUCGUGCCAAUGACGUGGAAUACGGCCUAGCCGCUGGCAUUCUUACCAAUGACAUCAACAAGGCGACGAAAUUCGCCAACAACGUGGAUGCCGGUUCCGUUUGGAUCAACUGCUACAGUGCUGUGCUGCCACAAGCACCGUUCGGUGGCUACAAGCAAUCUGGUAUCGGACGUGAGAUGGGUCGCGAUGGUUUGAACAAUUAUCUGGAGACCAAAACCAUUACCACCAAAAUAGUCUAAGUCAGCGCCCCAGUAGUUUGUGUCACAAUUAAACUAUUUUUUUCACAUUUAUACUUUAAUUAAUGUUAUUAUAUAAUAUGUUUCUGUUAAACACGCACACAGUGGUUAAAAGCACUAAAAAUUCAUAUAAAAAUCAAUAAAUAAUAUUUGAGAUAAAA